AUGCAUGACAUUUUCCAGCAACUCCCGGCUCCGAUCCUGCUCAUGAUCAUCAAGCUCAUGCCAGGUUUCUCAUCUCUCGAUCAUCUUACACAAACCUCACCUACCGUCAAUGGAAUCUUCGAAGAGCUCCCGGUCGAAAUAAUAGAGGCUUUGAUCGAUAGACUGCCAUCAGAAGUGGCCGAGCUCAUCCCGGCUAUAUCUGGUUCAUUUUCAAAGGCCUGGACAGACGAUGGGGUACCUGAGUCUGGCCUGACCCAUAUGAUGGAGCAAGUCUACAAAACCUCUCUCGCCGAGCUAACUUAG